AUGCCGACCGAAGAACAGAUCCGCAGAUGGGAAGUGCUCGAGUGGUUGGCCAAGAGGGGUGACGAACACAAUUACCUGGUGAACCGAACUCCGUUAGACAGAGACCACGAGGAGUGGCUUCAGACCCGGGACCAUGAUACAUCAAGAUUCACAGGAGCCUUCGCCAAUCGAGCUGAAUCCGAGACUUCAGUGCGUACGAACCUUGCAAAUGAAUUGGCUUCAAUAGGCCCAGAAGACUGGGCAAGCACGACUCCUCCAGACAAUGGCAUGAUCUUGUCACUGACAUUUUCUCAGCUCGAGAAAAAGUACUCUUACAUUAACGUGCACUCCACUUCCGAUGGCCAAUGGUACGGCGUAAUUGCAACCCACGACACGGGGUCAGACGAGAAUUGGAUUUCCCAAGAAGUUGUCGACCGGCUGAGGCUGGAAGUCACCAAAGGGCUAGUCACAAGAUGGAAAACCUUCAGUGGUGAAACUGCUGUGUCCGACUCCACGGUCAGGGCAACAUGGUGUAAUAGCGGAACGGGCAUCUCGUAUGCCAAUGUCUUUCGUGUCAUACCCAACGCUCCGUUCGAUGUCCUUUUCGGACGCAAUCUUCUCUUCUCUGGGGAGGUAAGCUUCUUCACGGAGGAACUGAAGCCGGGUUCUGCCUUGAUCAUUAUUCCCCCACAAAAGGAGAAGGGGGAGGACGCCACUAUACAAGCAAACCAGAUCAAAGUGGACCAAGCCUUUGACAAGACUUCCCUUCAAUACACAAAUGUAAAAGGUGAUGGCUCCGACUCUUCCGAAGGACAGUCUGGCCAAGGCAAGCAGGGAGGAUCACAACAUGAUACUACAUCGGAUCGCAGUCCUUCAUCUCUUCAAGGUGCUUCAUCGCAAUAUCCCUCCAGAGGUAAUUACCAAGGCAACAAAUGA